GAAGGAUUAUGUUGUGAAAAGGGAGGAUUGAGAUGGCAGAGAGAAACUUGGGUUCAAACUCAUCCUGAGCUUCGUUUACUGCCAGUACAAACAUACGCGCACAAUCCACAGAGGCUCGCUCGUUUGGCUGUCUUCUCCAUGGAGCCAGAGUCUGGAAUUCCGACUCCUCGAAGCACUUCCCCGCUUUCGUGGGUGAAUCUAUCGAAGAACCUAAUAUUAGCUUAUCAAAGCUUUGGUGUAGUAUACGGAGACUUGAGCACUUCACCUCUGUAUGUUUAUGCUAGCACAUUGCAGAAGCAUCAAAAUGAGGAAGCAAUAUUUGGUGCAUUUUCCUUAAUUUUCUGGACACUGACAUUGAUACCCUUGCUCAAAUACGUCUUUAUUGUGCUGAGUGCAGAUGACAACGGUGAAGGUGGGACGUUUGCUCUUUACUCGCUACUUUGCAGGCAUGCAAAGUUUAGCUUACUUCCCAAUCAACAAGCAGCCGAUGAGGAGCUCUCAGCCUAUAAAUAUGGCCCCUCAUCACAGGCCGCAGCCUCUUCCCCACUGAAGAGAUUUUUGGAGAAGCAUAAAAGGCUGCGAACAGCCCUACUUCUUGUGGUACUGUUUGGUGCUUGCAUGGUUGUAGGGGAUGGAGUGCUUACUCCUGCAAUUUCAGUUCUAUCAUCGGUGUCAGGACUACAAGUUACAGAAGAGAAGUUAACUAAUGGUGAAGUCCUCUUGAUUGCCUGUGUUAUAUUGGUGGGCCUGUUUGCUCUCCAACAUUGUGGCACCCACAAAGUAGCAUUUAUUUUUGCACCAGUUGUGAUCAUCUGGUUGGUAUCGAUUUUUUCCAUUGGGCUGUACAACACUCUUCAUUGGAAUCCAAAGAUUGUGCGUGCAUUUUCCCCACAUUAUAUUAUCAAGUUUUUUAGUGAGAAUGGUAAAGAUGGCUGGAUUUCUCUCGGAGGGAUUCUUCUUUCUAUAACUGGUACUGAAGCUAUGUUUGCAGAUCUUGGUCAUUUCACUGCCUUGUCAAUAAGGCUCGCAUUUGCAUUUGUUAUAUACCCUUGUUUGGUAGUGCAAUACAUGGGUCAAGCUGCUUUCCUUUCAAAAAAUCCGGAAUCCAUUCCUAAAAGUUUUUAUGACUCAAUUCCUGAACCUGUAUUCUGGCCUAUCUUUGUUAUUGCCACCCUUGCAGCAAUUGUUGGGAGUCAGGCUGUUAUUACUGCUACUUUCUCCAUCAUCAAGCAAUGUCAUGCCCUUGGUUGCUUUCCCCGAGUCAAAGUUGUGCACACCUCAAAGCACAUAUAUGGGCAGAUCUACAUCCCAGAAAUAAACUGGAUACUCAUGGUCCUUACUCUUGCCAUAACUAUUGGAUUUCAAGACACAACUAUAAUCGGAAAUGCUUAUGGACUUGCCUGCAUGACAGUGAUGUUCAUCACAACAUUUCUCAUGGCGCUUGUCACAAUCUUUGUUUGGCAGAAAAGUGUCUUGCUGGCUGCAGCAUUCCUUUUCUUCUUCUGGUUUAUUGAGGGUGUAUACUUGUCAUCAGCUUUUAUAAAAGUGCCUCAGGGAGGAUGGGUUCCCCUUGUGCUUUCAUUUAUCUUUAUGAUCAUUAUGUAUGUCUGGCAUUAUGGGACUCGCAAGAAGUACACUUUUGAUCUUCACAAUAAAGUUUCACUAAAAUGGUUACUUGGCCUGGGCCCCAGCCUCGGUAUUGUUCGUGUGCCUGGGAUAGGCCUCAUAUACUCAGAACUGGCGACAGGAGUCCCUGCAAUAUUUUCCCACUUUGUGACAAACCUCCCCGCAUUUCAUAACGUGUUAGUUUUUGUUUGUGUCAAAUCAGUUCCAGUUCCUUAUGUCUCACCUGAAGAACGUUUUCUCAUAGGCCGGAUUUGCCCGAGACCAUAUCGCAUGUAUAGGUGCAUAGUGAGGUAUGGUUAUAAGGACAUUCAGCGAGACAAUGGGGACUUUGAGAAUCAGCUCAUACAAAGCAUUGCGGAGUUCAUCCAGAUGGAAGCAGUAGAACCACAGUUCUCAAGCUCUGAGAGUUCAUCAUUUGACGGGCGAAUGGCUGUUAUAAGUACCAGAACUCUGCAAUCAAGCUCAAGCCUAGUCGUAUCUGAGCAAGAGGAUGUUGGAGUGAGCAACUCCAUCCAAAGCAGCAAGUCUCUAACCCUCCAGAGCUUGCGAUCUAUUUAUGACGAAGAGAACCCACAAAUCAGGAGACGCCAUGUGAGAUUUCACUUACCCCCAAACUCUCUGAUGGAUCCUGCUGUUAGGGAAGAACUAAUGGAUUUGAUUCGGGCAAAGGAAGCAGGGGUUGCAUAUAUCCUGGGACACUCAUAUGUGAAGGCAAGGAGAUCUUCAUCGAUCUUGAAAAAGCUUGUGAUCGAUAUUGGGUAUUCAUUUCUUCGGAAGAAUUGCAGGGGCCCUGCUGUGGCGCUUAACAUUCCUCACAUUAGUCUUAUUGAAGUUGGCAUGAUAUACUAUGUCUAGUCCUUGGAGUAACUUAUUCUUGGCCCUGGUGAUUAUCUUUUCCAUGGAUGGAAAGGGAGGUAGUAUUGCCGUGGGAGAAGGAAUAUGUGCUUAAUGCAAAAGGUAGGAUCUUAGGUCACUGCAAUUUCAUUACAAAGCUUUCUUGGUUCUGUUGCCCUCGUUUCAAUUUGUAUAGACGAUACCAACUGUCAUUAUCAGGCUUAACUUCUUAGUUAUUUUAGGCUAAGUUCUUACUUGAACUUUACAGCUUGAAGUGUGAGGAAAUAUACAUGAUGGAGACACUACAACAUUUAUACAUGCCCGUAUUAUUAUUAUUAUUA